UUCGUCAGUCUUCUACGCGAAACCAGGCGAAACGGAACGAAUUGCAUGUAAUAACUGUAAAGAGAAAAUUCGAAUGAAAUUGAAGAAACAAAUAAAGAAAAAUUAGAAAACGUAUUAAAAAAAAUAAAACAUAUUUUAUAUAUCCAUAUUAUUUCAAUUUCGUUUAAACAAAAAAAAAAAUUACGCGUACGCCUAAUUAUACGAAAAUUAAAUCUGUAAUAGUGAAAAAAAUUCAGGGGAAUGAAGAAGAAUUUCUGAUCUGAAGUGAAUCUAUUUCUUGUCAAAAUUUUGUGCAAGAGCGAGUUUGUGUGUGUGUGUGCUUCACUAGAAAACUCCUAAUGAAAUAUUAAAAAAUAAUAAUAAAAAUUAAUAUAAAUUUUCUCUAAAAGUGUUAAUUUUUUUAGAAUUAUUUUAAUAAUAAAAUUAAAAAAAAAAAAAAAUAAACAAAGAAAAUACAUAAUAAACAAAACAAACAAAACGGUUGCCGCCUUAACAAUAGCGGCCAGCCAGUUAUAGUUUUUUUUUUUUUUCACAACAUAACAAUAUUUUUUUGGGGCAACAGAUUUGUUACACCCUCCAAGAAAGCCUUUCAAUAUAUAGACGUAAUCAAUCAAAGCCAUCAUCAUCAUCGACAUCAGCAGCCACAAUAUUCUAAAUCUUCAAGAUGACAUCUUUAGAUAUACGCAAUAAUUCGGCCGUUAUGAAACGUGCCGAACAACUUAAACGUUGGGAAGAAUCGGAUACAAAUCAACAACCUCCUGUUCCACGACCCGAACGUGGUAGUCGCAUUAAAUUUUCAUCGGGUUGUAUAUUUUUGGCCGCCUGUUUAGCUGGCGAUAAAGAAGAAGUUCUAAAGAUGCUGGAACAAGGUGCCGAUAUAAAUACCGCCAAUGUUGAUGGUUUAACAGCUCUGCAUCAGGCCUGCAUCGAUGACAAUUUAGAAAUGGUUGAAUUUCUAGUAGAACAAGGAGCCGAUAUAAACAGACAAGAUAAUGAAGGUUGGACACCCCUGCACGCUACAGCCUCAUGUGGUUUUGUAAGCAUAGCACGUUAUUUAGUUGAACAUGGUGCCGAUGUUGCAGCCGUCAAUAGUGAUGGUGAUUUAGCCGUGGACUUGGCUGUCGACAUCCAACAUUUGCCCAUGAUUGAUUUCAUGCAAAAAAUGGUGUCCGAACAACAAAUUGAUUGUGCUAAAGCCCGUCAAGCCGAAGAACAACAAAUGUUGAGCGAUGCCAAAAAAUGGUUGCGUAGCGAUGCCUCUGAAGUUGAUCGACCACAUCCAAAAACAGGUGCAACAGCGCUGCAUGUGGCAGCAGCUAAAGGUUAUACAAAGGUUUUAAGUUUAUUGCUCGCGGGUCGUGCUAAUGUUGAUGCUAAAGAUAAUGAUGGCUGGACACCACUGCAUGCGGCAGCACAUUGGGGACAAAAAGAAUCCGCAGAAAUGCUAUUAGACGCCAUGGCCGAUAUGGAUGUAACAAAUUAUGCCGGACAAACCUGCAUAGAUGUAGCAGAUCGUAAAAUGGUUAAAUUCCUUGAAGAAUAUAGAGCAAGUAACAAACGUAUGAAACGAAGGCCAUCUAGUCAAAUCAGUAGAAUCUCAGAUACAAUUGAAAAUCAUAUCGAUAAAACACCCACUAAAAUUAUACGUGUUGAAGUGCGACCAGAAAAUAACAAGGAUCAUGUCAAUGAUGAUAAAUCAUCUAUGCAGAAAACUACAAAUGAAACACCCGCCACAGAAGACGAGGCGCCAUGGCGACGUAAUAAUGUCACACGUGUGCGUUCAACCAAUGAAAGUCCAAUUAAAAAUCAAGUUCCUGAUAAUGAAGUUAGCAAAACAAAUAAUGCCACCACAGAGACAGAUGUUAUUUUAAGACGAACUCAAAGCUUUGAGAAUGAUGAAAAAUUCUAUCAAAAAUAUAAUGAAUUAAGAGCACGUAUUAAAGCUAAUUCAUGCCCCAUAAUACCGGCUACACUGCAACAGCAUCAGCAGCAACAACAACAGCAACAGCAUCAUCAACAGCAACAACAGCAAAAUAAUAAUAAUGUUAACAACAAUAACAAUAAUAACAAUACUACUAUAAUAACUGGUGGUAGUAGUAGUUGUUUGAAAAACUCUAUACCAGCCACAGGAUCUGCUACAACAACAUCAACAACCGCUACUACAACAAUUUCCUCCACACCCACUACCACUAAUAACAGUCUACUUACACCAUUAUUACCACAAUCGCCAUUACUAGCAACACCAACAUCACCUGCCACAACAAAUACACUGGACUCUACCACAACAAAUUCACCCAAUUCAACUACUACUGCUAUCACCACCGCCACCAACAACUCCUCUUCUUCCUCCAUCAAUAUCACAAAUAUCAUAAAUCCAAAUUAUACUGUACAAAGAUCGGCUUCACUUAAAGAUCAUAAACAAAUAUUUAUCAGGAAAUCACCACCCAUAAGCCCCUCAGUGACAUCUACGCCUGCUACAGCUGCAACUACAACGAAUACAUCAAGUCCUGCAGCUGUAACCACACCCAUCAGAAGCACUCCCACAACUUCUUCUACCACUACUACUACUACUUCUUCUACUCAAUCAAAAACCACCAAUCAAGUGGCCAAAAGUACCACACAAAUUAAGGAUAAUAACGCUACACCAAACAAUAAACAAAAUCAGAAUUCAAAUAAAAAUAAUAAUCAAAGUACAACUACUAGUACUAAUAACAAUAAUAAUGGUUCAGCUCCCGUUGAACCGGUUAAAAAACAAUCUACCGGAAAUAUAUUUAAAAAUUUCUUCAAAUCUUUCGUACCACCGGUACGUGACGAAGAAAGUGAAACACAACGUAAGGCACAUGCUAAACGUGUACGUGAAACGAGACGUUCAACACAGGGUGUAACCCUCGAUGAAAUCAAGAGUGCCGAAGAAUUGGUGAAAAAGAAAAAUUCCACCAUGAACAAUAAUAACAAUAACAAUAGCAGCAGUAAUGAAAUGCAAGCAAAUGUUACAAAUGAAACGACAACAACAACAACAACAUCAACCACCACUCCAAUAACAGCAACAACAAUAGAACAAGAUUUAAGUAAAGAACAAGAACAAAAACAGAGCCAACUACAAAAAUCAGAAGAAACAGAUGAAAUUGAUAAGGAAACGAAUACAAGUAAAACGAAAGAAGUAAACAGCGAACAAACUGAAGAUGUAGAAGAAGAUAUAACGGCUUCAUUUACCAUAAUAGCACCCAGUUCGGUAACAAAGGCAAGACCAGCAUCGUUAAUUGUUACCGCCACCAGUUCAACUUCUAAAGAGUUGAGUCAUAAUGAUGAAGAAGUUAGUGCCACCUUUGUAAUGCCACAACGUAAAGAAUCACGAACACCUACACCAACCACUGAAAAUGUGGAAACUACUUUGGUGGUUAAACCGGUAUUAAAGGAUAACUCACCCACUAGAGAAGUGGUGGAUAAGAAAAUGAAUAAAUUACUACAAGAAGAAGAUGGCAAUGAAAAGUAUUCAAAAUCUUCAACGCACAAUAAAGAAAAUGAAAAUUAUGAAAAUAAAAAGACUGAACCGCCGCCUCUGCCGGAUGUGGAAUUAAUGGAGUCUAACAGCAACCAACAGCCAUUAAAUAAAAUAACAACUUCACAACGUGCCCAAUCAAGCGAACGCAUACGAACGGCCUUCUUUAAUCCUUUACCUUUGGUUACACAAAACACCACUUUAACCACAAACACAAAUGUCAAUUCCAAUUCGUCAGCCAACUCCUCGAACACCACACCAACGCUAGAUAGUCCAGUACGCUUGCGGGACAAGCGUUCGCUUUUUGAUCUUGACAAUGCCAGCUCCCAAACUCUGGCCGAUAAACUACGUACCGAAGCGAAUAAAUAUUGUUACGAUGAAAAACGUUGUGGUAUGUUUGCAGCCGAAACCUCUGCUAUACAUGACAUCAGUUUAGAACGUGAUACUUCCGCGUCGCCCUUAUUAGGAGGAGUAGGUGCUGGUGGUUCUGUGGGAUCGGCUAAUACCUCCUCUUAUAAUUACAAUACACGACGUAGUUUGGAUUCAUCUUCGUUGCCAAAUUCUCCUUUACACACACGCGAUAGAGAGGCGGCUGGUAGUGAUACCUCUUCCACAACUUCAACAAUAACAAGUGUUGGUGCUGGUGGGGCCGCUGGAAGUGGCGGAAAUGUUGGUGGUAGUUUUAAUAAUAUUUUAGCAGCAGAUCGCAGACCAUCAUGGCGUUUAAAAUUUGAUUCUGGUUCUAAGUUUAAACUGGAAGAUGCUACCAGCGGAAAUACAUAUCCACCGAAUAAUAGCACUAUAAUACCAAGUGCUCCAGCUGUUAUAGCUGCUGCUAAUUCCAUGUCACAGCGAAGAGUUAACAGUUCUAAUAUUUCUUCUUCCAAUCAAUCGUUGAAUUCAAUUGGUCGACCAGUCUCGGCACCACCGACUAGUAAUUUAAGCAAUAAUAGUACUACUACAGCUAGUUCUAACACCUCCAACACUAGUUCCAGCAGCCACUCUAACAACGAUGAUAAACUUAAUGACAAUAGUUCCAGCAGUAGUAGUUUCACAUCAUAUCCAUCACGUCGUUCUACUACUACAGCCACAUCGACUACAUCGUUAACACCCGAUUCGCAAACAACUGGUACAAGCACUUCGAAUACGGUUAACACCUCAACAUCAAAUCUUCACAGCAGCAAUAAUGAUGAUAAAGAUAAUGACAAGGAAAAUGAUAAUCGCAGUGCUUUAGCAACACAGGCUGUUAUUCAGCGAAGAAGAAAACCAAAACGUCGCUCAACUGGUGUUGUACAUAUCGAUAUGGAUGAAUUAGAUCCAGAGAAGCAAGAUUCUGCCAAUGAUAAUGAAGAAAAAGAGAAAGAGGUGAGUGAUUCGUAGUUAUUUUAAUUGAUUUACAUUUUUACAUAAAUUUUGUAAAUUUUUAUAAAAAUGAAUGCAAAUUUCUU